CCGGACCUGUGCACUCUUCGCACUCGUCUCAUCUCGAACGCUCAGCCUCGACCGACACCGAAUACGCCUGACAAGUGCUGCCUGACGUUGCUGCCGAUACCCGUCUCGUUGACAUGGAGCGUCACGGCUCUUACGUCUAUCAUCGUAAUUCAAACGGUAUGAACGAUAAAAACGAUAAUCAACAGUGGUCCUCGCUCCAAGAAAACGAUCGUCGCUUGCACCAGAACCUCGUUAUGAUAAUGGAUCGUCGUUUGAGCAACGUUCAGCAGGCCCAAUUUCGAUACGACACGGAAUCCCAUCGGGGCUCGCAGGAUGCGACCUCGUUGCACAGCACGCUCGUCGGCUCCAACGCCUCGACCAAGAGCUUCAACAAUCGCUCAAAUCGCGAGAACGUCAACAACGGUAGCCAUCGCUCGUCACACGGCAGUAUCGUCAAACAGCCGAGAUCUUCGAAACACAACAACGAGCAGUUCAUUGAGACAAAUAAACACGCCAACAAACGCGGCUCUUAUCAACGUUACUUCGCUGGAUUCACCGAAACGUACGCAACGAUCAACGGCGAAAAAAGACGAAGACCCACCCUCUGGGAAACUCUCACCGGUCUCGUUUGUUCACUCGGCGCCCUGGCAACCAGAGCUGCCAAAAUGGCCGCCAGGCGCGGUGAUUCUAUAUGAAGAUCAGUGAAUAAUCAACAUCAACCCAAAUAAUAUCUAUACAACACCCUCGGAAAUGAUCGAUUAUUUGUUCACCAACGAACGAGAAAUGACACGAUGCUGACCAAACUUCGUGCGAAUCGUCCGAUUCCCACGACUAUUCUUACACCACGCGGGAAUCAAUUUCACACAGGGAUUAUAUCUGACGCAAAAGACCACACGCGAAACUCGAAUUUCAAAUAACGAUGAUGAUGAUGAUGAUGAUGAUGAUGAUGAUGAUGAUGAUGAUGAUGAUGAUGAUGAUGAUGAUGAUGAUGAUGAUGAUGAUCCUCUAUCUACUUGUCAAUUUACUAAAGAACCUAUUUUCCUCUAAAGACUUUUUUCACUUAUCAAGACCACGCGAGAUUCGAUCAUUAUGAAUGGAUGAACCGGCGAAAGAGGAGAACGCGAACGCGGAAACCAUGAUAAAGAAAAAAGUAUGAAACGGAGAAUACCAACAGGAUUCGAUAAUUGGCGGAAAAUCGGGUGGCUAAGCGGCGUACUAGAAAGCUAACAAAUAUGUUUGGCAUAUCAUUCAUUCCAUGAUCGUAUAGUCGACGUACAUUAACACUGUAAUAUAAUCUAAGUACAUAAUUACCAAAACA